AUGGCAUUUUAUCCCCUGCAGAUUGCUGGACUGGCUCUUGGGUUCUUUGGCAUGGUCGGGACCAUUGCCACAACUCUUCUGCCUCAGUGGAGAGUAUCAGCUUUUAUAGGCAGCAACAUCAUCAUCUUCGAGAGGAUCUGGGAAGGACUCUGGAUGAACUGUGUCCGACAAGCCACACUCAGGCUUCAGUGCAAGUUCUACACCUCCAUGCUGGCCCUGCCACCUGUUGUGGAAACAGCCCGAGCCCUCAUGUGUGUGGCCAUUGCUCUUUCCUUCAUUGCUUUAAUUAUUGGCAUCUGUGGCAUGAAGCAGGUCCAGUGUGCAGGUUCUGAUGAGAGGGUGAAAGCAUACCUUCUGGGAACUUCUGGAGUUCUCUUUAUCCUGACAGGCUUCUUUGUUCUGAUUCCAGUGUGCUGGACUGCCAAUAUCAUCAUCAGGGAAUUCUACAACCCAAAUGUCCCCAUCGGUCAGAAACGAGAGUUGGGCGCAGCCCUUUUCCUGGGCUGGGCGAGCACUGCUGUCCUCUUCAUCGGAGGAGGUCUACUCUGCGGAUUCUGUUGUUGCAACAGAAAGCAGCAGUGGCAGAGAUAUCCAGCACCUCCAUACUGUGUGCCACAGAGAGACAAGCGCAAGAAUGCGACAGUGCUCAGAAAGACCUCCACCAGCUAUGUCUAG